AUGACGCAAGCGAAGGUGGAGGAGAGAGGACAUUGGGCCAGUAAGGUGGAGUUUCUCCUGGCUGUGGCGGGAAAUAUUGUCGGACUGGGCAAUGUGUGGAGGUUUCCUUACCUCUGCUACAAAAAUGGAGGGGGAGCAUUCCUGGUGCCAUAUCUGGUAUUUGUGGUGACCUGUGGCGUACCACUGUUCCUGCUGGAGACGACUAUAGGCCAGUACACCCAGCAGGGCGCCAUCACCAUCUGGAGGAAGCUAUGCCCACUGGCAGAAGGUAUUGGCUAUUGUGGACAGCUGAUCCUUUUCUACAGCUGUAUGACCAACAUCAUCAUUCUGUCCUGGGCUUUGCUCUACCUGGUGUUCUCCUUCAGCUCACAGCUGCCCUGGGCCAGCUGCAACAACUACUGGAGCACAGGGGCAGAGCGGCUUUAUGGCAUCGUUAAGGACAUGACAGGUGAACACGCCAACCCAUUCUUUAAAAUCUGCUGGCUUUACCUCACACCCCUGGUCUCACUGGGCUCUUUUAUAUGUUCUUUGGUUGAGUACCAGCCUCUGACCUUUAAUCGCUGGUACGUGUACCCAACCUGGGCAUACGUGUUGGGCUGGGUACUGGCCCUCUCCUCCAUCCUGCUUGUGCCGGGAUGGGCGCUGUAUAAACUGGGAACUGGGACUUGUAGCCUCAGUCAGCGUUUCCAUCAUCUGUGCCGACCUGACCCUGCCUACUCACUGACAGAAAAGAGAGAAACUGAGUUGCAGCACAUCAAAGAGGGAGAUCUGCACAAGCAAGCAAUAGUGGAGGAGAGAGGACAUUGGGCCAGUAAGGUGGAGUUUCUCCUGGCUGUGGCGGGAAAUGUUGUUGGACUGGGCAACGUGUGGAGGUUUCCUUACCUCUGCUACAAAAAUGGAGGGGGAGCAUUCCUGGUGCCAUAUUUGGUAUUUGUGGUGACCUGUGGUGUACCACUGUUCCUGCUGGAGACCACUGUAGGCCAGUACACCCAGUAUGGUUGCUUUUCCUUCUGGAGGAAGCUAUGCCCACUGGCAGAAGGUAUUGGCUAUUGUGGACAGCUGAUCCUUUUCUACAGCUGUAUGACCUACAUCAUCAUUCUGUCCUGGGCUUUGCUCUACCUGGUGUUCUCCUUCAGCUCACAGCUGCCCUGGGCCAGCUGCAACAACUACUGGAACACAGAUGACUGCAUAGACUUUUCAACGCAAAAUAAAACCUCUGAAUGGACCAACCAGACAAACACCACCUCUGCUGCCACAGAGUUCUGGGAACAACGAGUGCUGGCUAUCUCAGGGGGGAUUGAGGAGAUAGGCAGCAUCAGGUGGGAGGUGCUGUUGUGCCUAAUCGCAAUGUGGAUCACGUGCUACUUUUGUAUCUGGAAAGGGGUCCGGUCUACAGGGAAGGUGGUGUAUUUCACUGCUACCUUUCCCUAUGUGAUGUUGGUAAUUCUUUUGAUUCGUGGCCUCACUCUUCCUGGAGCUCUACAAGGAGUAGUGUUUUAUCUUCUGCCUGAACCCUCACGACUCGCAGACCCUCAGGUUUGGAUGGAGGCUGGUUCUCAGAUUUUCUUCUCAUACAGUGUGGGUGUGGGAACCUUAGCUGUGCUGGGCAGCUACAACACCUACAACAACAACUGCUAUAAAGACUGUCUGUGGCUGUGUUUACUGAACAGUGCUACCAGUGUGGUAGCUGGAUUUGCAGUCUUCUCUGUGCUGGGAUUCAUGGCUCUCCAGCAGGGUGUUCCCAUUGCAGAUGUGGCCGAGUCAGGUCCAGGUUUGGCAUUCAUUGCAUACCCUCAGGCUGUAGCCAUGAUGCCCCUUCCCCAGCUGUGGUCCAUCUGUUUCUUUGUCAUGAUCAUUCUCCUGGGUCUGGACACACAAUUUGUUGCCAUGGAGGUGGUAAUGACAUCCUUUGCAGAUAUCUUUCCCACAGUGAUGCGCAGGGCAGGCCGACGGGAACGUUUCCUCAUCCUUUUCUGCCUCGUGUGCUUCUUCUCUCAGCUUGUGAUGAUCACUGAGGGAGGGAUGUAUGUGUUCCAGCUGUUAGACUACUACGCUUGUAAUGGAUUCUGCAUCCUCUUUCCCUGCGUGUUUGAAACUCUGGCACUGGGAUGGAUAUUUGGGGCGGAGCGGCUGUAUGGCAUCAUUAAGGACAUGACAGGUGAACAUGCCAACCCAUUCUUUAAAAUCUGCUGGCUUUACCUCACACCGCUGGUCUCACUGGGCUCUUUUAUAUGUUCUUUGGUUGAGUACCGGCCUCUGACCUUUAAUCGCUGGUACGUGUACCCAACCUGGGCAUACGUGUUGGGCUGGGUACUGGCCCUCUCCUCCAUCCUGCUUGUGCCAGGAUGGGCGCUGUAUAAACUGGGAACUGGGACUGGGAACCUCAGUCAGCGUUUCCAUCAUCUGUGCCGACCUGACCCUGACUACUCACUGACAGAAAAGAGUGAAACUGAGUUGCAGCAAAUCAAAGAGGAAGAUCUGUAG